AUGGCACUUAUCUCUAGCACGGCGGAUUCUGAUAAAGUGCGUCGUUCUGCUCGCUAUGAAGCAAAAACGAAUACGAAUAUUGCGCGCUCUUUUCGCUUUCAUGCCACAAAUUUAAAAUGCGAGCACACAGUACCAAAUAUUAUAGAAUUCUUCGAAUGUCACCUCACCUGGCGCAAUAAUUGUUCAUACAGUUCAGGGGCGCUGGUGCUACGAAAACCGAUCAUCAAGUUGAAAGCUAACGUUGUGCUCGAUAUUUUUCAGGCGAAUGUACGACUCGUGAAUGUUUUCAACAAAACAGCUUUGCAUCUGAAGAUUCUACAACUAAGCAAAAUGUGCAUCAAGUUCAAGGCCUCUGCCUUAGUUUUUCUGCUCUUGGUCGUUCAAACUUGCCGUGGUCAGCGCUCCAAGUCGCCGCGUUUUGAAAGUAAAACCGAAUCAGCUGGAGACUCGUACCUUAAGGUUAGCGCUAUCAAAUGCACGACUGCCGCACCAACAGUUAUUGAAUACUUUCAAUGCUAUCUAAUUCGGCGCAACGGCAGCAACUUAAUUACAUUUACGCUGUCGCUUCUGCAACCUGUUGAACGGUUCGACAUGAAUGCUGUAUUCGAUAUUUUAGGUCCGACUAAUAAUUACUAUAAUAUCUUCAAGACGGACCUUAAUUGCUGCGAAUUUUUUUUAGUUAAAAAGCACAGCAUUUAUAUAGUUAACAAUAUCAUGAAACUGGUAUAUGAUGCCAUUAAUGAAAAACCUACGUGUCCAGUGAAGGCGCAUUUCAACUUCAAAAUCACGGAACUUGAUGUUAGCCUACUAAAAGUGCCUAAUUAUGUACCGAAAUCGAACUUUCGACUUGGUCUGUAUUUUCGAUCAGAUGGCCGGCGUGCUGCUGAUAUCAUGUUGAGCGGAGUGAUCGUAAAUUCAAAAUGA